CCUGCGCCGCGCCGAGCAUGCGAGAGCCGCCGGGGCGGGCGGCAGCGGCGCAGCCAGCCGGGGCCGCGGCCGGGGCGGCGGAGCCAUGCUGCUGGCCUCGGCCGUGGUGGUGUGGGAAUGGCUGAACGAGCACGGGCGCUGGCGGCCCUACAGCCCGGCCGUCAGCCACCACAUCGAGGCGGUGGCCCGCGCCGGGCCGCGGGCGGGCGGCAGCGUGGUGCUGGGCCAGGCCGACAGCCGCCUGGCGCCCUACAUCAUCGACCUGCAGUCCAUGCACCAGUUCCGCCAGGACACCGGCACCAUCCGGCCUGUCCGGCGUAGCUACUACGACCCGUCCUCGGCGCCAGGCAAGGGAGUCGUCUGGGAGUGGGAGAAUGACAGCGGGACGUGGACGCCCUACGACAUGGACGUGGGCAUCACCAUCCAGCGUGCCUACGAGAAGCAGCACCCCUGGGUGGACCUGAGCGCCAUCGGCUUCUGCUACGUCAUCGACUUCGCCACCAUGGGCCAGAUCAACCGGCAGACCCAGCGCAAGCGCCGCGUCCGCCGCCGCCUCGACAUGGUCUACCCGCUGGUGUCGGGCACCCUGCCCAAGUCGCAGUCGUGGCCGGCCAGCCCCGGGGCGGCGGCGGCCCCGCCGGUGCCCGCCUGCACGUGUCCCCAGUGCCUCCUGGUCAUGAGCGUCAAAGCCGCCGCCGGCCCCGGCACCUCCACCCUGCAGCCCCACAAAGCCGCCCCCGCGCCGCCGGCCGCCCCCAAGCCCCCGCUGCCCGCGGCAGGGCCGAAGGCGCCGGACGGCGUGGCCGCGGUGCGCGGCUCGCUGAAGCCGCUGGCGGCGCAGGGGGGCCGGCGGCAGGCGGCCAGCACGCCCGCCCUGAGCUCGGCCGGCGCCUCUGGCAGCCCCCCUGGCGUGGGCAGCGGCAAAGGCUCCCGGCCCAGCCUUGGCACCCUGAACCGCAGCCACCUGCAGCGCCUGGCCAUCGCCCAGUCCCGCGUGCUCAUCGCCUCUGGGGUCCCCACUGUCCCUGUGAAGAACCUCACUGGCUCCAGCCCUGUCAACCCAGCACUGGCAGGGAUCACGGGGAUCCUCAUGAGCGCAGCUGGGCUGCCCGUGUGCCUGACCCGGCCCCCCAAGUUGGUGCUGCACCCCCCACCCGUCAGCAAGAGUGAGAUCCAGUCCAUCCCCGGCAUCUCCCACUCCUGCCGCAAGACCACCAAGAAACAGGCCAAGAAGGGUAAGAGACACUGUCCCUCCUGCCCUUUCUGGUUCCCCUGUGUGCCCCGUCCCUUCUGCUGCCCCUGGCAGUGGGUUUCUCCCAUCCUUUCUCGCUCUCCCACAGGUAAAACCCCAGAGGAGGUGCUGAAGAAAUACCUGCAGAAGGUGCGGCAUCCGCCAGAUGAGGACUGCACCAUCUGCAUGGAGCGUCUCUCUGCCCCCUCUGGCUACAAGGGGCCCCAGCCGGCCGUCAAGCCUGACCUCGUGGGGAAGCUGGUCAAGUGCAGCCACGUGUUCCACCUCCACUGCCUGGUGGCCAUGUACAACAACGGCAACAAGGAUGGGAGUCUGCAGUGUCCCACCUGCAAAACCAUCUAUGGGGUGAAGACAGGGACGCAGCCUCCCGGGAAGAUGGAAUAUCACAUCAUCCCCCACGCGCUGCCUGGCCAUGCUGACUGCAAAACCAUCCGCAUCAUCUACAACAUCCCCCCGGGGGUGCAGGGACCAGAGCAUCCAAACCCUGGGAAGAGCUUCACAGCCCGUGGCUUCCCACGGCACUGCUACCUGCCAGACAGCGAGAAGGGCAGGAAGGUACUGAAGCUGCUGCUGGUGGCCUGGGACCGGCGCCUGAUCUUCGCCAUCGGGACCUCCAGCACCACGGGCGAGUCGGACACAGUGAUCUGGAAUGAGAUCCACCACAAGACAGAGUUCGGCUCCAACCUCACUGGCCACGGCUACCCCGACAUCAACUACCUGGACAAUGUCCUGGCUGAGCUGGCAGCCCAGGGCAUCACGGAGGAGAGCCUGGCGCAGGAGAAGGACUGAGACCGUGGCGAGGAGGCAAGGAAAGGGUUGCCUGUGCCGGCACCCACCAGGAUAAAGCUGCUGGAGAUACCUGCCUGGGGGCUUUCAGGGCACACCUGGAGCCCCCUGCUCCCAGUGGCAGCCACGCAGUGUCCCAGGCUGGCUGGGAACGUGGGAGAAGGUCCUUUUGGCCAUCCCCUUCACUCCUGCAGGGCAGGAACAUCCUCACACACAGCUGUGAGGCUUCAGGCUGGCUUGGCCACCCCUCUGGAUGGUGUCCUGUCCUCGCUGCCACUGUGCUGAGGGCUUGGGGGGUGCCAGACUCUCUUCUCUCCUCAUCUGUGCCAGUCCCAGCCUGACCCAACACCCCUGCCACCUACCUGGGGCUGGGAUCUGGCUUGGGGUGGGAGCUGGGGCCAUGGGAGUCCCCCUUGCUCUGCCUCAUCCCUCUGAUGUUUGUGUGUUUGUUUGUUCUGUCCGGUACCUCCCCACUGGUCUCCUGUGUCUGUGGAGGUUGGGGGGCCCUGGGGUGCCUCAGCUCCCCCCAGCUCUGUCCCCUGCUCCUCUUGGCUGUGUCUGAGCUGUGCCCUGCAGGGUCCCCGUGUCUGGGUUGCCCCUGCCUCUGCAUGCCAGGGAGGGGCUGGUGGGUGGUAGGAAGUGUGUGGGGGGCAGUGACAUCCCACCCCCCUGGAGUGGGUUCCUUGAACUGUUCGUAUGGGGGCGUCCCCACGUUGGAAUUUCUAUAUACCUCGUGUUUUGGGGUUUUGUCGUAUAUAUGUACAUAUAGGGGGGGGCAUUUGGGGAGGCAACCUGGGAGAACGUGGUGCUGCAGCCGAGCUGGGGCUGGGCACAGUGGUGCUUGGGGUUGGGACAGGGGCUGUGGGGCCCCCCACCCCGACAGGGCUCUGCCCCAUGGGAGGGCUGUCACUUGUGGGUCCCCAUGGGGCCAGGUGCAGGUGGGGUAAGAAGUGUCCCCCUUCCUGCCCCCGGAGAGGCCUUGGGAAGGAGAGGAGGGGAAGGUGGUUGGUGAGGGGUUGGCAUGGGCUGGGCCAGGAGGGUGGUGUGGGUAGGAGAGUGUGGGUGAUGGGGAUGGGGGAAGUGUGUUCCAAGGCUCUGGGGGUCCCUGUCAGCCCCCUGGGGUGACUGGGCCUUGGAGAGCCCUGGGCUGGUGGAAGGUGUCCCUGCCCAGGGCAGGGGUUAGGAAUGAGAGAGUCUGUGGGGUCCCUUCCAUCCCAAACCAGGGGUUUGUGGCGCCUCUCGGAGCCACCUGUGCCAGGUGCUGGGGGUUCCCUGGCCUCUGUGCUGGUGGGAGGGGGAUCCAUCCUGCUGUGCAUCGUUCUGUUGUUGUUGCUGUUUUUCCUCUCCGUGGCCUGGAGGGUCCGUCACCCCCGCGGCCACCCCGCGGAGGGGCUGGGGGUCAAUAAAGCGGAUAGCAGGGGACUCUGGCGGUCCCUGCAUGGCCUGGCCUCUCCGUUGUCUUCUGUCAGUCAUCUGUGUGGCCAGGUGAGCCAGGGGCACUGUGGGCAGGGCCAGGCACCCUGAGUCCCCGUGAUGUCCCUUUGCACUGAUCUGUGCCCAGCCGCCCUCAGCGUGGGUGUUAUCUUCUACCUCAAGGGAGAAACCCUCUUUCCCCAGGCACACGCCCCUGUUUGGGUGGCUCUCAGCGGUGUGAUUUCUCCACUGCACACCCUGGGUUUUCCCCAGUGCAGACAAAGCCUGUCUGGAGCUAUGCAAAACCUUCUGGGUGAGAGGGGGGAGGGUCCUCCAUCUCUGUGGUGCCAGCCCGAUGGCUCUUACUGUAAGUCUUUCCACAACGUGACUUUUUUUCCUUUUUUUAAUGCUCUGUUGACUACACGAUGAGUUGCUGGCUGAAAUAAAACUGCUCCGUGCCUCUCUGCA